AGCACUAUCAGUGUAGGAAAAGGGAGAGAAGAGGAGAACGCAGAUAUACAAUGAUCGCAUCAUCUGUAAACGAAAAUUCCGGAGCCAACGACACCCAGCCCGAAGCGGUGAUCUGCCCCGAGUCGCCUGUCUUCUCGUCAUCAGAGAAGGAGCAGAGCUUCCUCAGAAACGGCUCGUCCCGGAGAAAUACACAGACUUCCACCGGCAGCUUGAACCCAGAGGAAGGCAGCACCGAGCCACUGGUUUCGCGCGAAGCUGCUGCAGCUGCCUACACCAUGUCAUCGGGAGAAUUUAUGCACACCACUCCCUUGUUCGUCCGGAGAUCAAAGCGUAAUCUAGUCUACAAGAUCCUCUGCUUUCUCGUGCUGGUCCUGCAAGGGGGCAUACUGGAUUUCUACCUUAUCGUGUUCACUGAUUUGUACUGGUGCUCGUGGAUAGCCACCGACCUGGUGGUCGUGACGGGUUGGGGGAUUUUCUUCCUGAAGAACGCAAGGUGCAAACGGGAGCGCGCCUGCGGCUUUCACCAAAAGAAUUCCAUAUUUGGCAGCAACCUCGGCGAGUUCACCUACGCCUAUCUGGCCUGGCUCAUCUACGUCAUAGCGUGUACCCCUAAGAUGGUGCUCAUUUUGGAAACCUCCAUCCUGGACCUCAUUGCGCUGAAGAUGCCUUUGGGGGUAACCGGCUUUAAGAUAACAAUGAUGCUCCCAGCACCUCUGCUCUACUGCCUAAUAAAUUCUAUCAUUGAGGACUUGCACGGGGCGACACGUUGCCAUUCCCAAAGUUGCUUCAUGAGCACCUUCCUAGACCUGUUGGACAGUUUCACCUUGAUCGAGAUGCUGUUGAAGAACGAGAUUCCAACCGUAUACUUGAAGUACACGGUCAUCGCCGUCUAUUUCCUCGCUCUGGCUGUCCCAGUGCUGUGGCUACACGAGCUGACAGCUUCACGGAUGCGUUACCGCUGGAUCUGGUCUCGGUUCCUCUCCGGCGUCCUGGUCAAUGCGCCAGUCCUCGUGGUCAGGUGUUUUCUGGUUUAUGUUUACAAAAUGCCACUUUCGGUUUUCAUGUUCAAGAACAUGUUCUUCGUAAGCUUUAGGUGCCUGGAGUUUGUGGACCAGUGCCUAACCAUUCAGGAAGCUCGGAGACUCACAAGCGGCAAUCUGACUGAGGUCUCCCACUGUGUUUCCGAGAACGACAUGUGCCCGCACGGCUAUGUCAACACUUUGGCGGUAACUACCCAGUCCUGA